AUGCGUUUCACCAGCAUCUUCGCCCUCCUGGCCGCCUCCGUCGCCGUCGCUCAGUCCUCCGCCGACGAGACCACCACCACCCUGACUGCCACCACCACCAAGACGGUCACCAUCACCAAGUGCAACCCGACCAACACUGCCUGCCCCCUGUACACCCCGACCACGACCAUGCUGCCUACCAUCAACUCGACCACCAGCACCUCGACUUCGACUUCCUCGUCUGCCUCUUCGUCGUCGUUCCACUUCUUCGCCGCCUCCAACUCUACCACCGCCGGCCCGACGGCCUCGGCUCCCUGGACCAAGUCCACCGUCAGCCCCGUCAAGACCUCGGCCGACUCUGCCCCUACCGCCGGCUCUCCUGCUUCCUCCGCCUCGAGCGCUCCCAACGCCGGCUCUGGCCUGUUCGUCCAGAGCGGUCUGCUGGCCGCCGUCGUCGGUCUGGCUGUCGCUCUCAACUAA